AUGGCAGCCUUCAGCAUGCCAGACCUGGGAGGUGGCUACCACAGGCACGUGGGUCAAGCUGGAUGCCAGAGCAGGAGAAGUCUCACAGUGGAACUCCAGCUACAGAUUGCCUCUGACAAUGCCGACUUUGCCUUCUGUCUCUACCACCUGAUAGCAUCCCAAAAGUCUGAGAAUAACAUUUUCUUCUCCCUGCUCAGUAUCUCCAUCUCCUUGGCCAUGCUGUCCUUAGGGGCUGUUGGGGACACCCAGACUCAGAUCCUCGAAGGCCUGGGCUUCAACCUCACAAAGCUGUCACUGUCUGAAAUCUAUGAGGGUUUCAGGUCCAUUCGAGACAUGUUAGCUCUCCCAUUCACUGAGCUGAACAUCUCUGUAGAAGCUAACUUCGGAGACGAGAAGGCUGCCAUCCAGCUCAUCAACGACUAUGUCAAGGAGAAAAGUCAGGGGAAGAUCAAAGAUUUGAUCAGUAAACUGAGCCCAAAUGUAAGGAUGGUGCUGGUGAAUUAUAUCUUCUUCCAAGGCCUUUGGGAGAAACCCUUUCAUACUUCUGGAAUCUCUACCCAAGAAUUCUACGUAGAUGAGAACACGGUUGUGAAGGUACCAAUGAUGCGGCAAGUUCAGAAACAUGGGUAUCUUGAGGACAGCAAUGUACCCUGCAGAGUGCUGCAGAUGGAUUACAGGGGAGAUGCAAUGGCGUUCUUCAUCCUUCCUAACCCGGGCAAGAUGAAUGAGGUGGAGAAGGUGCUGUCCCCAGGCAUGCUAACAAAGUGGCAUCGCUUGCUUCAGAACAGGGUCUUCUAUAAAAGGAUUGCAUUGCAGUUCCCCAAAUUCUCCAUUUCAAAUUCCUAUGCAUUGGAUAAGAUUUUGCCUGACUUGGGCUUCCAGAACCUGUUCACCCACCACGUAGACUUCUCGAAUAUCACCAAAGAGGAGAAAUUGCAAUUAUCUAAAGUUUUCCACAAGGCCACCCUAGACGUGAAUGAAGCUGGCACAGAGGCUGCAGCAGUCACUGCUUUCUCUAUAGCGUCGUAUUCUGCUCCACUCCAUCACAUUACAUUCAACCAGCCGUUCUUGUUGGUGAUAUAUUCCAGCAGCACCGAGAAUAUCAUCUUCAUGGGGAAGGUGGUCAACCCCACAGCACAGCAGACCUCGGACUAG